GGGCUCGCCGCUGGGGAAGGCGGGGCUAAGCGGGGCCUGGCAAGUCUGGCGCCCUGAGCUCCCUGGGUAAAGGCCAAGAUGGCUGCGUCCAUGUAGUACCAAUGUGAACCCAGUGGGGACGGUUCUUAUCUCCUCGAAGGCCACAUCUGGCCCUCCCUCCUGUGCUCCUGCGGAGGGCCGUUGUAGCAGAGAGACGAGGGCAAUGGCAGGGAGCCUUUCUUGGGUGACAGGCAGGGGCCUAUGGGGCCGGUUGCCCUUGACCUGUAGAAGCUUCUCUCUGGGUAUUCCUAGAUUGUUCCAUGUAAGGGUCACUCUCCCGCCCCGCAAAGUGGUUGAUCGUUGGAACGAGAAGAGGGCCAUGUUCGGGGUAUAUGACAAUAUCGGGAUCCUGGGAAACUUUGAAAAACACCCCAAAGAACUGAUCAAGGGCCCCAUAUGGCUUCGAGGCUGGAAGGGGAAUGAAUUGCAGCGUUGUAUCCGAAAGAAGAGAAUGGUUGGAAAUCGGAUGUUCAUUGAUGACCUGCACAACCUUAACAAACGCAUCAGCUAUCUCUACAAACAUUUUAACCGACAUGGAAAGUACCGGUAGAAGAGAAAGCUAGGAACUGUGGAGGAGGCAUAUCUACCACCCAGGAGAAGGGGGAAGUACUUUUCCUUAUGAGGAAAGAGAUUUGUAUGCCCUCAGUAAUAAAAUGGGACUUCUUUGGAA